AUGGGUUCCAAUUCUUACAAUCCCGGCGACAUAGUAAUACAGUGGCUGCCCCCCGGUCUCAGUCUCCAGAUCUCGCUCGAUGAUCAGUUGGCACCAUGUGUCGAUCAUGUACUGCCGGCUGGACACAAGCCGCCAACCAAUGUAUCACCCCACUUUGCAUCGCCGAAGCUCCCGUUGAACGGUGUUCGUGUGGCCGGGCAGGGCCACACCACAAAUAAAACUGCCAAAUCCAUGGUUGGAGGCAUUCUCUCCAGUCGUCUUCGCUACCAGCAUCAUGAGGAGCGAAAGGACGGCGCCACCUUCGGGCUCGACGUUGUCUCCUGUGAUGACAUGCUCGGCAUUGAGGUCACACAUACCUUCGAGGUCUUUGCCGAUGUCCCUGUCCUUCGAAGCUGGACUACACUGCGGAACCAAUCCUCUGGCUUCAUGACCAUCAUGCAAGCUUCGUCCCUUUCCAUCGGUGGAUUGACCAACGGCACAAGGAGUUGGUCGGAGAGCUAUUCAGUCUGGACAGCAAACAACACCUGGUUUCGAGAGGCACAGUGGCAGGAGAGAAGCCUUCCUGAUGUGGGAAUUGACGAUAUUGGUUUGUUCGAGCUGAAUGAUGGCCAUCGAGCGACCAUGGCACGUUUCUCUGUUUCAAACCAGGGAUCUCUGUCUACAGAGACUCAUCUUCCCAUGGGAGCUGUGACACGGAAGGAUGGGCAAGACACGUGGCUCUGGCAGAUCGAGCACAAUGGCUCCUGGCGUUGGGAGAUUGGUGACUGGCAAGAUGGGCUGUACGUGGCUGCUGGUGGACCGACCAAAACGGAUCAUGCCUGGGAGGUGGUACUUUGUCCAGGUGAAACCUUCACGUCCGUACCGAUUGCCCUUUGUCAUGUGGUGGACUCCUUGGAGGAAGCCUUCGCCACAUUGACCGAGUAUCGCCGAUGUCUCCUCCGUCCCCACGUUGAUUAUGAGCGCUUGCCGAUCAUAUUCAACGACUACAUGAACUGCCUAAUGGGUGAUCCGACAGAGGAGAAGAUCCAUGCUCUUCUAGAGCCUGUAAGGGGAUGUGGAGCGGAAUACUUCGUCAUCGACGCUGGCUGGUAUGCGGAUGACAGCAACUGGUGGAACGAUGUUGGAGCAUGGGAGCCAUCCCAGAAGCGCUUCCCAUCAGGAUUCAAGGCCUUGUUGGACGGCAUCAGAGCCAAGGGCUUGAUACCUGGUCUGUGGCUUGAGCCAGAGGUGGUUGGAACACGGAGCGUCGUUUCGAAGCAGCUACCGAGCUCUGCAUUCUUCCAGCAAUGCGGACAACGUGUCGAGGAACGAGGAAGAUAUCAGCUCGAUUUCAGCCAAUUUGUUGUGCGCAAGCAUUUAGACAGUGUCAUCGACCGCCUAGUCUACGAUUUCCGUGUUGGCUAUUUCAAGUUUGACUACAACAUCGACCUCAUGACCGGCACUGAUGCUGACGUGACUCGGGGUGUUAGCACCGGCGCAGCACAUCUCGCGCAUCACCGUGCGUACCUGCAAUGGGUCAAGGACCUGCUGAGUCGCCAUGACGGCCUGGUGAUCGAGAACUGUUCCAGCGGCGCACAACGUAUGGAUUACGCCAUGCUAUCGGUUCACACCCUACAAUCCACCAGUGAUCAGCAGGAUCCGUUACUCUACGCUGCAAUUGCUGCUGCGUGUCCGACUGCCGUAGUACCAGAGCAAGGUGCCUCGUGGGCAUACCCGCAGCGCCGGUGGAGCGACGAGACCAACGUUGUGACCAUGAUUAACUCCCUCUUAGGCCGAGUUCAUCUGAGUGGAAGACUUGACAAUUUGGAGCCCGCGCAAUAUGAGCUAGUAAGGCAAGCCAUGCAAGUAUAUCGCGACGUGAUUCGGGAGAAACUGCGCACCGCUCGGCCAUUCUGGCCGCUAGGACUCCCGCGCUGGCAUGACGAGUGGGUCGCACUUGGUUUGGCCGCUACAGACGGAACUCUGCUGCUCGCCGUUUGGCGAAGGUCCGGGUCCAACAAGUGUUAUUUGCCUCUGCCAAAGCGGCAUAGAAAUUUGCUUACCGUCACCUUACUUUAUCCUGCCAAAUUCGAGGCCCAGAUUGAAUUAGAAGAGGGCGGAUUAAGCAUCGAGUUACCACCAGUUCCAUGCGCUCGCCUCCUGCAGAUUUCGCCAUAG